AUGGCCAACGAACCCGACGAAUCUUCUGCAUCUACAGUGAACGGCAGCUCCUCUACUGCAAUGUAUGCCAUAUUCAACAACGUUCUCCAGUGUCAUCAGCGCUCUAAACCUGAAGUUGAUGGACGCUACUUCGUGACACUUCUCCUGGAACCCCGUCUCUUCGAGGAUUUCCGCCCGUUGCUCGAUCAUCUCUUCCACCACUACGACUACAACAUCAGCGGUGGAAUCAUAACUACCAGAAUGGCACCCAACACUAACAUUCAUGACGACUAUGCUACUGAGCUCGGGCUCUUGUUUCGCAAGCUGAUCGAUGACUUUCUGAACAUGGAACCCUACUAUGCCAGAAUCAGCGCCUACCAAAGCCGACAGUCCAAGGUCAGUGAGCAUGGCAGGCGUUGGGAACAUCUCGGCGGCAUGAGGGUUCGCUUGAAAGACCCUCUCGCCAAGAAACCAGGCCUUGUCUUCCUUGUCGGCUAUUCUCAAAACGAAGAUACCCUUGAGAAGAUCGCCAAAGACUACAUCGUUGAGACCAAGGGCGCUGUCACUUCAAUGUUCCAACAUUCUGACGGUAAACCGGUCAUUGGAGACAAGCUUCUCGAACUCCGACUCGCCGACAUUCUGAUGGAAAAGGAUACGGACGAGUGCCCGCUCCGGCCGAUUUGCUUUUACCUCCACCAGCUCAGCUUCUUUCUCGACAUGGCAAAGGCUUAG